AGAUGCAAAAUGUUAUUCUCAACGAGCUUGCAGAAAUUAAAGUUCUUUUAAAAGAAGUUAUAGAAAUUAAGUUUCAGGCUACUGGGGUGAAGUUGCUUGAAUCAGUGGACGAAGUGGUUACACUGGAUAAUAAACUAAAAGAUAAAACCGAGUAUACUAAUUUGCUUGAUAGUUUGAAAAAGAUUGGUGGUGGAAAGCCAAGAGAACAUGUUUUUUUGAUCAUGAAAAGGUUAUUUUCGAAUCAGUUACAGUCCAAAUUUAAUCGAAAAGGAAAUGGGGAAAAGAUAAGCUUAGAAAAUAUAGUAAAUAUAUGUAGUGUUUUACGAGAUUAACUGGCUAGCAACAGCAGAAGGAAAGUAUAUAUCUGAUAUAGUACGAAACAUUUUGAAUGUUUUCAUGACUGAUGAGUUACAAAUGAAUUGUUGUCGUUCUGGGAAACGCUCAAACGAGGCUUUUGUAAAGUUUAUUGCAAAGUGGUUUUGAGCGAUAUAAAUAUUAUAGCCGCACGUAGGCUACUCCAACGCCAUCCCAUAAUGUGGAGUGGUAAAUAUAUGGCUAAUAUAUGUUUCCAACACGUGGGCCACAUGAACCUUUGCACACAAAUGAAGCGUUGGCUUUCGUUCUUAUUUAGCGUGGUUUUAGUGGGAUAAACAUUAUAACCACAUAUAGGACGCAUCAACGCCAUCCCAUAAAGGAGAGUGGUAAAUAUAAGGCUAACAUGUGCUUGCCACACGUGAGCCUCAUGAAACUUCCACGCAAAAAUGAAGCGUGGCGUUCGUUCUUAUUUAGUGUGGUUUUAGUGAGAUAAACAUAGCCGCAUAUGGGACGCAUCAACCCCAUUCCAUAAAGGACAGUGGUAAAUAUAUGGCUAACAUGUGCUUCCCACACGUGGGCCACAUGAAACUUUCACGCACAAAUGAAGCGUGGCGUUCGUUCUUAUUUAGUGUGGAUUUAGUGGGAUAAACAUUAUAGCCACAUAUGGAACGCAUCAACGCCAUCCCAUAAAGGAGAGUGGUAAAUAUAUCGCUAACAUGUGCUUCCCACACGUCGGCCAUAUGAAACUUUCACGCACAAAUGAAGCGUGGCAUUCGUUCUUAUUAAGUGUGGUUUUAGUGGGAUAAACAUUAUAGCCACAUAUGGGACGCGUCAACGCCAUCCCAUUAAGGAGAGUGGUAAGCAUAUGGUUACCACUCUCCUUAAUGAAAAAAGUGCUCCCUAACUUAUCGAAAAUGGGUCACUCCAUUAGUUACAUGGCUAGAGCUAUUGGACACAGCCAAACUGUGUUUAAAAACUACAUUUAUAAUCCUCAUAUGUAUCGAAUAAAAAAAAGUCCCGGAAGUCCAUCAACAUUAAAUGACCGUUAUAGGCGAAGAUUGUUAAAACAAGCUUCUAAUUUUUUAUUAACUCCACGUCAAAUUGCUGCAGAAGCAGAUGUGAUUGCUAUUUUACAUACAGUUCAGUGAGUUAUUCAUAAUGCUUUUCACCUUUCGCGCAAAAACCUCAGCCAAAACCACCUUUGACAACAAAUCGCACAAGCAAUCUAACAACUUUUGCAAAGAACCACGUAACAUGGAAUGAAGAAUGGAAACAAGUAAUAUUUUCUGACAAAAAACGAUUUUGUCUUGAUGGGUGAUAAAUGGAAUAGAUAGAUGGAAUUAUUAUUUUCACGAUUUGUGUAAAGAACCAGUAACACAUCAACAACAUCGUAUUGGUGGUGGUGGUAUAAUGAUUUGGUUUGCGAUUGGGUAUCAUGGUAAAUCAAAAAUUUAUUUUAUUGACGGUAAAAUGAAAGCUAAGGAUUAUCUUUUAAUUGUUCGAGAUUUUUUUAGACGUCAAGCAUCUGUAAUAAGUAGUAAAAAUUUUGUUUUUCAGCAAGAUAAUGCUAGCAUUUAUACAGAUAGUAACGGAGUAUUUCAACAGCAUUAAAGUUGAAAUAUUGAAGUGGCCAGCUAGAUCUCCAGACCUGAACAUUAUUGAGAAUGGUGGAGCACAAGUGUGACAUUUAGUGUUUGAAGGUGGUAAACAAUAUAGUUCACUAGCUGACUUGAAAUCAUCCAUCGCAUCUGCAUGAGAUACAUUUGACAUUUCGUACAUAAAAAGUUGUAUAAUUCUUUACCUUCUAAAAUGAUUGAAGUGAUUAAAAAAAUGGUAAAAGUA